AAUUUCUUCUCUUUUCUUCUCGUUUUCACCCGUCCUUGACUUCACUGUCUAACCAGAGGAGUAAUUAACUAAUUAUUCUUUUACUUUUUUUUUUUCAAUUUGUUAUCCAGAAAAAGCAAAACUAAGCAAAGAAUAAAAAAAUAAAGAAGAAAUUUUUGUUGUGGUGAAGGAGAGGAGGUUGGUGGUGGGGGUGGUGUUGAAUCUGAAAAUAAUGGAGGCGGUGGCGGAAGGGCUGUGGGGUUUGGCGGAGUUUCACGAGAGAAGGGGCGAGAUAGGGAAAGCGGUGAAGUGCCUUGAAGCCAUAUGUCAGAGCCAGGUUUCAUUCUUUCCGAUCGUUGAAGUCAAGACGCGCCUCCGCAUCGCCACUUUGCUCCUCCACCAUUCUCACAACAUCUCUCACGCCAAGUCCCAUCUUGAACGCUCUCAAUUGCUUUUAAAGUCAAUACCAUCAUGCUUUGAAUUGAAGUGCAGAGCAUAUAGCUUACUUAGCCAAUGCUACCAUCUUGUUGGAUCUAUUCCAUCUCAGAAACAGAUAUUGCAGAAAGGCCUAGAGCUUACGGCAUCGGCUGGACAUGAGAUGUCAAUGAAGUUGUGGUCCUGCAACUUCAAUUCGCAGCUUGCGAAUGCUUUGUCAAUUGAGGGUGACUACCGGGGUUCAAUAUCUUCCUUAGAAUGUGGAUAUACCACUGCUACUGAAAUAUGCAACCCAGAGUUGCAGAUGUUUUUUGCUACCUCAAUAUUACAUGUCCACCUCAUGCAAUGGGAUGAUGAUAAUUUGGUUGAGCAAGCUGUUAAAAGAUGCAGUGAGAUUUGGGAGUCAAUUGAGCCUGAUAGAAGACAACAAUGCCCUGGCUUACUCUUUUAUAAUGAAUUACUGCACAUAUUCUAUCGACUGCGGCUCUGUGAUUACAAGAAUGCUGCACCUCAUGUAGACAAUCUGGAUGCUGCCAUGAAGGCUGACAUGCAGCAAACACAACAAAUGCAAGAGCUAAUGAAGGAGCUCAAUGCUUUAGAUCAAAGCCUUUCUCGGUCUGACCUUCACUACAGGGAUAGAGCAGCAUUAUCUAAAAAGCAAUCAACGAUUCAGGAGCAGCUAAAAAAAAUGAAUGGAUUGAGCUCGACUGGGUGUGAAACUCUGGAACCUGUAUAUUUUGGUAAUGUCAGAAGGACACUAGGAGAUAAGCUUCCACUGGCACCUCCUCCAAUUGAUGGUGAAUGGCUUCCUAAAAGUGCUGUCUAUGCAUUGGUUGAUCUAAUAGUUGUUAUAUUUGGGCGACCGAAAGGGCUUUUUAAGGAGUGUACAAAGCGCUUUGAGUCUGGAAUGCAAAUCAUUCAAGAUGAGUUAUUGAAGCUUGGAAUCACUGAUGGUGUCACAGAAGUGGAAUUGAAACACUCUUCUAUCUGGAUGGCUGGUGUGUACUUAAUGCUACUAAUUCAGUUUCUUGAAAACAAGGUGGCCGUAGAGCUCACUCGGGCAGAAUUUGUAGAAGCCCAAGAGGCUUUGAUACAGAUGAAAAAUUGGUUCACACGGUUUCCAACUAUAUUACAGGCAUGUGAGAGCAUCAUUGAGAUGCUUAGAGGCCAAUAUGCUCAUUCUGUUGGCUGUUAUAAUGAAGCUGCUUUUCACUUUGUUGAAGCAGUAAAGCUUACAGAGAGCAAAUCAAUGCAAGCUAUGUGUCAAGUUUAUGCAGCUGUCUCGUAUAUCUGCAUUGGUGAUGCUGAAUCUUCUUCACAGGCUCUCGAUUUGAUUACUCCAGUUUAUGGUGUUAUGGAUUCCUUUGUAGGAGUCAGAGAGAAAACUGGUGUUCUUUUUGCUUAUGGUCUUUUAUUGAUGAAGCGACAGGAUCUUCAAGAAGCAAGAAAUCGCCUGGCAAGGGGAUUGCAGCUGACACAUACUUAUUUGGGUAACCUUCAACUUGUUUCCCAAUAUUUGACGAUCCUUGGCAGUUUGGCUCUUGCAUUGCAUGAUACUGUACAAGCCAGGGAGAUAUUGAGAUCAUCAUUGACCUUGGCAAAGAAGCUUUCUGAUACUCCAACUCAGAUAUGGGUACUAUCUAUUUUGACAGCUUUAUAUAAAGAAUUAGGGGAAAGAGGGAAUGAAAUGGAGAAUGCUGAGUAUCAGACAAAAAAGAUAGAAGAAUUGCAAAAGAGGCUUGCCGAUGCACAUGCGUCCAUUCUUCAUCUCGAAAUAAUUGCCAAAGUAAGGUUCGAGGUUCGCCAAUUACAUGAGAUGGACAUGAAGCGUGCAAUGGCAGGGCCAGCUAUGGGAGUCAAUCUUGAUAUUCCAGAAUCUAUUGGUUUGUCAGCACCUUUACCUGCUACAUCAUCAACGAGGCUAGUUGAUAUAGACAGGGGAAGACGUGGAAAGUGGAGAAUUUAGUGUACUUGUGGAUAGAUUGCAGUCAAUUGCAGCUUCACAUAUUUUGAUAGAUAGGAUGUAAUAUGGCAUACCACUUACCAGGAAGGCUUUCAAUCAUGUGCAUUACUCUUAAAGAGGCUGUACAGUUAACUAGGAUGAUUAUUAUUAAGAUGUACAAUAGAAUGUGUAGUAACCCUGACCUAAGAUAGGGGAUUUUCUGUAAUUAUAUCAAGAGAAUGUGGAGUAAGGUUUCAUAAGGUAACCUGAUUAGGAGUUAUUGUGCUUGACUCAGCUGUUCAUAGUAUUUAUUCUUUUAAAUUCAUUCAAGUCAAUGUGUGUUCUUGAGA